AUGAAGUUCACUCUUGUAUCUGCUAUUGUCAUUUAUGUAGGGACGAUCCUUUCUACUAUUGCUGCUGAUGCUCCUCCUGAAGGCAAAGCAUUCAAUCAUUUUCUACAGAUUUGGUUCGAAAAUCAAAACUUCAAGACUAUUUCCAGAACCCCUGGUUUUACCAAUCUUCAAAAGUAUGGUAUUCUAAUGGACAAUUACAAUGCCUUGACUCAUCCUUCUCAGCCCAAUUAUGUGGCAUCCGUGGCUGGUUCUAAUAUUGGAAUCGUUACUGAUCAUUACUACAAUAUUCCUUCUGACAUUCCUUCAGUCUUUGAUCGACUGGAAGAAAAAGGUUUAACUUGGAAGAUGUAUCAAGAAGAUCUCCCUUUUGUUGGUUUUACUGGUUAUAAAUAUGGAAGAUACGUACGUAAGCAUAAUCCUGCAGCUUCAUUUGAUUCCAUCGCUUUGAACAGUACACGUGUACAAAAUAUUGUGCAUAGUGACCAGCUCAUGAAGGAUAUAAAAGCGCAGAAUCUUCCGAACUGGAUGUUCUAUACUCCUAAUAUGGAUAAUGAUGGGCAUGACACAAACGCUGCAUAUGCUGGAAACUGGCUUUCCAAGUUUUUUGAAAGUACACUAAAUGAGCCCUAUCUCCUGAAUAAUACCGUGAUUUUAAUUACCUUUGACGAAACUGCCAAUUAUAUGAUCAGAAACAGGGUCUGGUCUCUUCUAUUUGGAGCUGUCCCUGAGGAAUUAAAAGGAACAACAGAUUCUACAUUCUAUACCCACUAUUCUAUUCUCAGGACAGUUGAGAAAAAUUGGGAUCUUAAAGAUCUUGGAGGAGGUGAUAUCGACCCUGACAAGUCGAAUGUGUUUCAAUUUGUAGCAUCGAAGAUCAAUCAUACGAAUGCAGAGAUUAAAAAGGUACCAUGGAACAAUAUGCCAAUGUUUGGUCCUUUAUCAGGCAAAUCCAAGAAUACGACUAGGAUAUUUAUCUCAUAA